AUGGACAAAAGACCCCCAAAAGCCUUUGUUCCAAAAUUCGACAAGGUUCCUUGGCUUAGUGAGGCCAGCCUGGUAAACAAGCCUCUGGUGCUCAGCAUCCCUGGAAGAUAUCAUGCCUCUGCCACUGUUCUGACUUUAUCCAAGAAGGAUAUGGAUUUGCCAAAUUUGCUUCAGGUUCCAGAUGUCAUAUUGAAGGCCGGAAAAUAUGAGCAUGAAAAUCUGUCGCCCAGGAACAAGCAACUGUACCACUCCACAUGUCGAGAAAUGAAAACGGUACAGCCGAAAAAUUUCAUAAUCCCAGACCAUGAGAAACCAUCCUUCCAGAAUUCUCUGAAUCCCAGAGUGAUGCUCCUUCGUCAUUCCAAUGUCCAGCAGUUUAGUCAUCCCUGCAAUGACAUCCCAACAGAGAGCAUUCGCUACAGACUGCCCAUUAUGGGCCCCAGGACUGCUAUCUUCCACAGGCUGUUGUCCAGUGCCUACAAAACUCCUCAGGAGACUCAAGGCCUCUCCUUCCCCAGAAAGAAACUAAUGAACAAGACCGUGAAGCAGUGA